AUGGCAUUGCCCACGCCGCAUUACGACCUCCACCUCCCUGAUGAUGUUUAUCCUCCUUCUGAGGAUACAUUCCUGUUUUUGGAUGCGUUGGAGCAAGAUCGAGAGGUAUGAAUCUACUAUAAUAUAUUGUAUAUACUUGGUCUUUAGUUCAUAACAAAUACAGUUCGACCCUCUUUGGUAGUUGAGAUCGGUUGUGGAUCCGGGCUGGUAUCUGCAUUCUUUCUCCAACUACCUGGUCUUGAUCCGACCCCUCAGGCCAUUUGCAUUGACAUAAAUCCAAAUGCCCUGAGGGCAACUAAAGAUACGUUGAUCAAAAAUAAAGUUAAUGGAGAAUUAAUAAGGACGAAUCUUUUGAAUGGCCUUAAUCUUGAUGGGAAAGUGGAUGUAUUACUGUUUAAUCCGCCCUAUGUGCCAACGGAAGAAGCAGCUUUCGAUAAUUUAGUACGUUUUAUGUAAUAUUGAUGUAAUUCUUGCUGAUCUUUAGUCCAGAACAUAUGCCGGUGGGCACGAUGGCCGUGAUGAGCUCGAUAAACUGCUACCUCAGAUCCCGAACCUCCUCUCCAAGCCCUAUGGCACCUUUUACCUCAUCGCCUUACAUCAAAACAACAUUCCUUUUCUUUGUGAUUCCCUCACGCAAUAUGGAAUUCACGGGUCGAUUCUGAAGGAACGACGAUGUGGGAUCGAACAUUUAUACGUUAUAAAGUACAUUAGGACAUAA